GUUAGAAUCAUACAUGUCAUACAGAGAGAUGUGUGUCAGAGUGUUACCUCUAAUUUGAGUUUUCAAAACAAAACACAACACAAAACAAAGACGGACGAGAAGAGUAAUACGAAUUUGAAAAUGUAUUAACUUUAAUGGCGAACUCCAAGAGAAAUAAAUAUGAAUACACUUUUUCUGAUUUAGAUUUCCACGAAUGCAUUGUUGUAAAUGAUGCAACGGAGAAUAAGCUAGACGGAAUUCAUACAAGAUGUCCAUUAUGCAAUGAAUUUUCCAAAAACUUUUAUUGUGCUGAUUGCGUUAGGAAUGGAAAUUUCACAUACUCGAAAAAAAAAUGUUUAGAAAGGUCUUUCAUGUUUAGCCAUCUCCUGUCAAGGUUUGCUGACAAAAAGCCUAAAAAAUAUAAAUUGGAAGAAGAAAAAUCCGUAAUUCUAGAAAGAUAUGAAACUGCUCUUGCCAAAAAGAAAGAAAUAGAAGAUUUGAAGCUUAGCAUCCAGUUUGCUAAAGAAAAAGUUAAGAACUUAAAGAGAAAUAUAAAAGAUGUCAAAAUUGAAAUCUCAAAAGGACAGAAAAGAAUUGAAGUAAUAAAAAGUAAGAAAAGCAAAUUAAAUCAGGAACAAGAAGAGCUUUCUCUACAGCAAAGAAAAAGGAGAGAAACAGUGAAAUUGAAUCAUGCUAGACUAAGUAUUUGUGAAUCUGAUCUUAAUACCAAGCAAUGUGCCUUACAGUCUGUUGUUAAUUGUAGAGUUAAAGAAUUAGUCACACAUAUUUUCCCUAUAUCUAAAGUUCCUCCACCUCGUUACCGAGGUGAAGGUCAGUUCGCGGAGACUGAGUUAGAAGAAGCUCAAAAAACCACCUAUGUUCAAGGUCAAUGGGUUAUUGCUGGCAAUCCAACGGAUCAAAUGCAAUAUAAAAUAGUUGAGCCAUGUAUUCCUGUUACUGGAGAUUAUUCUGCUUAUCCUACAUGGUGUUCAUCUUUUUCAAGCCUAACCUCUAGUGCAGAUUAUGUUGAAGGCAUUUCUAGAGAUAAUCUCUCCAAUGCAGAUAAACAUCUGUAUGAUGUUGCCUAUGGCAUUAGUGGUGCCCUUUCAUACACAGCUCAAUUAGUAAACAUACUAGCUUUUUACAUGGAUGUUCAUUUGCCAAAACGAUCAAGUAUUAAUGAUUUCUAUAGAGAUGAAUAUAUUCAAAGAUUCUCUCCUAAUGUUGCCAAACUGAAUGCAAACAUAAUUAAUCUUUGUCUAUCACAGAAUAUCAAUUUAUCUGAGCUAAGUGCUCAUAGAACUGUGUCUAAUCUUCUAUUGCUAAUUGAAUCGAAAAAUAAGGACAGCAGGAGGUAUUUGAGCUUGGAAGAACAAGAAGAAUUACUAGAAUCGCUGGAAGAUUCUAUUUUCAAAGACUUACCUGAAAUUGAUGAAAGUGACAACGAUAACAGUGAAGCCGAAUUUGUCCAUGUGUCUGAUGAGGACAUACUUGAAGUUCCUGAAACUGAACCUAUACCAAAGCCCCCUGAAUCCCUUUAUUCAUCUGUGGUCUCACUUUGGAAAGCUGCCAUUGGACAGAAAUAAAUUUAUCUGUGAUUCCAGAUCUGAAGAAUUUGAUAUAAGUUAAUAUGUUGAACAAAUGUGUACAUACUGAAGUCAUUUUUGUAAAGGUGCUCAUUUUUAAUGAAUUUUAAACAAUUUUUCAUAAUAAAAUCACUUUCUUGUGA